ACAACCAGAUAGUAUAUUGUAACGGUCUGGUCACACUGUUAAAACGUUCUUGCGUUUGUUUGGCUUUUUUCUCCGAUCUUUGUGGUCACUACCAGAUUUAACACUUAUUAAAGAUGGGUCGCAACAAGGCGAACAACAAAAAGGUGGCUCCCGGAGCUGGCAAGCCAAAGACGUUUCUGAACAAGUCCAAGAAGGCCAAGAAUGUGUUCAAAGUGGCCGAUGGCAACAAGGGCAAGGGCAAGAAGCCCAAGGAAGUGCAGGGCAAGCUCAAACAGAUCAAGGAAUCUGUCAAGGCCAAGCAGGAGAAGGUGGACGCCAGCCUGAAGACGCUGCACAAGGAUCUGGUGGUCAAGAAGCCGAAGGCUCCGGUGGCACCCAUCAAGAACAACAAAAAGAAGGGGGCCAAUGCUCAGAAAGUGUCCGACACGCUGGGCAAACUCAAGUUCUAGAGCAAACACCACUGGAUGCCACAGUGUGUCUGGUUUACGUUUUACGUAUAUAGUAGAAGUUAGUUAGUCCCCAUUGAUUGUUAAAGACUAUGGUCUGGAUCCGAAAUAUAUAAUAGCCAAAUCGACAGUGA